CAAAACUGUCAUGGCGUCCCUUCUAACAGACCCGCUGUUUGAAAUCUCCGGACGGGGUCCCUCAACUAACAAAAACUUCUAUAACUUUGUGGUCACGAAGUCGAAUGUGAUAUGGAGGUGGUGGCUGAUAUCUCCCAGAGCUGUAUACAGACUUUCAAAGCCUGGCCAGCUGAUUCUGUCUUAUGAGGACUUCCUGGAUGACAUCAAGCUACAAAGAGAGCUCAGCGUGAUCUUUGGCACCGGUACCUUGCAGUACGCCAAGGCUUUAUGCCAAGGCCAGUAUGAUUACCUGGAACGCCUGCCUGACUCUUUACUUUUGCGGAUCAUCAACUAUCUAGAGCUAGAGGAUGUGGGACAGCUUGGACGAACCUCACACAGGUUCAGGCAGCUAUGUGGAUCAGAGGAAUUCUGGGAGCAGGCUGUGCGGCGUCGCUGCAAGACAGUUUCCGCUGAGGUCUCCUCCCUGGCACGAGAGGUGGGUUGGCGUAACAUCUUCUUCACCAACAAGCUGCAGCUACAGAAGCUCAUCAGCCGCCGGAGGCUGAGGGGCGACGAACAGAGGGCUGAGGGAACUCCUGGAAAAAGGUCAGAGACGUCUCAUCCAGACCAAAAACCGACAGGUUCGAAACCCUCAGGGGAAGGAGGAAAUCAUUAAAACAGAAACAAAAGUGUGCUUUCACUUGUUGUAUUAAGGCUCCCAUGAGCACAUGUAACUAGAAUUUCACUCAGGAGAGCGCUGACCUCAGCCAAGGCCAUGCUGUUAACAAAAAUGUAUGAUUGUAAAAUUUGUGUACAGUAGAUCCCCACUUUUGGCGGGGCCACCAUUCCUAGCCUGCCAGUGAAUGGUGAAAGUCCACCAGUAAUUCAUACGUAAAUAAAAAAUAUUUAUUGUGGA